AUGAAGUGCGACUCAUCAGAAUGAAAAGUGCGAUUACGUACUGUUGAGUUAAUUAGAUUUUAAAACAAUUUCUCUUAAUCAAAACCACUUGAAUAUAGUGUCUAUUGGUAGAUAACAAUUUGUGUCAUCUUAAAUGUUAUGAAUUUGCACUGCAAAAUUUGAAAUGGUGAAUAAAAAUUGAGUUGAAAAAUUUGCUUAUCUGGCUUGUACCGUUUGUCGCUGUGUCGCGCUACUAGAAGAUUGCUGUGUGAAACGGAGGGUGAUUAAAGAGCGCUUUAUGAGGGUGUAGUGGUGAAAAACGAUAAAGAAGCGCUACGUUGACAGUCCUGAACGACGACUAUAAACAAACAAUUCAAUUUUAAAAUGUCGGAAAGAUAUACACAUCAACUGCUGAAGGUUGUGGUUGCCCAGGUAUGUCAAACCAUCGGCUGGCACUCAAUCCAGUCGACACCGCUGGAACUGUUGAUGGAUAUACUGGAUCAGUACCUUAAGGAUAUAACUCGAUUAACUCAUCGUUACUCGGAGCUGUACAAUAGAACCGAUCCCAACUUGGAUGAUGUAGCCUUGGCUUACCGAGACAUUGGAAUAAAUUUGGGUGAUCUGCAAGAAUACCUGCAAUUUGUAGAUCCGAUUGCGCGGCCAUUCGAAGUUCCAAAGUAUCCGUUACCCAAGGAAACUCACUUGAAUUUUAUGAAGCCUGGUAGUAAGGAGGUCCUUACCAGGCCGGUGCACAUCCCCGAGCAUAUGCCUCCAAUGUUAGUGGAUUCGGAAGAAGAACAGGAGGAAGCCAAUCGGCGUCAACUUUUACGAGCACAGAUGCUCGAAGAAGAGCAAGAGGAACAAGCUACUAUAGAGGAUCUCAAGCCAGACGUUGAAGAGUUUGUUGAGAAAUUCGAAGAAGUAGGUGCAGAAGAGGUUGCGAUAUUGGAACCUGGUUCAAACGAAGAGAUCGUUACAUUCAAGCGGCCGCCUGAGUUUGGGUCUGAAGGAGGACUUGAAACGAGGAAAACUCGAGCACAAACUGAUGAAGGCAGACCAACGAGGGAAAUUAGCAGUGUCAUUAUGACAACAUCGGGAUUUAUUUCGCCGGCUCGGGAGGGAAAGUUGCCUGAUUCGAAGGUACCCGAAAUACCGGAAGAGAAACCCAAGCCUCCACCUCCUCCACCACCGCCUAUUCCGGUGACUAGUGCUUUGCCAUUGUCUAAAAUGGAUGACAAGUUUACGAAAAAAGGUCGAAAGAAACCGGUUGAAAGAGAAAAGCGGAAAGAUAAAAAGUUGGAUAAGAAAAAAGAUGGCGGCGACAAAGAACCUGUCAGUAGGCCAGUGACUCCAGCAGCUACUCCUGUAGUCGAUGUAAAACCAUCCGUUGCCGAGAUUGAAGAUAUUAAACCAGUUCUGGUUAGUCCUGAACCUCCACCAGAGCCCCCCCUUCCUGUACCGGAUGUUAAACCACCGGAACCAUUGAUGCCCCUUCCGGCAGUAGAGAAACUAGCACCGCCUGUAAUGCCCGUGAAAACGGCUGAGAAAGUGAAAAAAGAGAAGAUUCCAAGAAAAAAACGGCAACAAUUACCGAAACAAAAAUCCUCGGUUGCGGCAACGCCUAUGACUCCAGUCAUGGAUGUCGGGGGAAUGUUUUCUCCUCAGAAUACUCCCCAGUUAUUGAAUCAAAUUACUCCGCCAAAGCCUCCGAAACCGAAACGUCCCAAGCUUACCAAGAAGCAAAUACAGCAGCAGUACAUGGAACAAUUGCAACAAUUCCAAGCGCCCCUUAAUGCCCAAAGUAUCCUUGAUAUGUUUUCACCGGGGAAGAAACCUCUGCCAGGACUAUUCCAGCCAUCAGUUUUUCCUCCCCAACAGCAGUCGUCGAUGCAGAAACCAAAUUUCCCGGACAGUCCCGCUCAAACUCAGUUGGACAUUUUGCAAAAACUCCAUCCUAGUUUGGAGAUAACACCAUCACCCGGUCCGUCUACGGCGGGACCUGGUCUACACAACACUUCUCCCGACAAACACAAACUAAACAUUUUCAAGAAGGUGGCCAAAAAAGAACCAUCCCCCACGACAUCCGCCCAGGGUCCAAUAAUUAUCAUCGAUGAUGAUAAAAGUCCCCCACACCAGGCACAAUUUCCAACCACGCCAAUGGCGAAAAGACGACUCCCGAAAGCGUCCGGUGGUGGCUUCCCGUUUCAGGAUACUCUUUCUUCCCCUGAUCUACCGUUUAACAUCAGCAUGAAUUCCGGUGAUCAUUCGGGCGUUGGACUAAUGUCAUCGUUUUCCCGCGAGUUUUCGCCCCCGAAAACUCCUUCCAAUAUGCCAAAAACUCCGGACAUAAAACUACAGUCUAGUUCCAGUUCCAGUGCCUCUUGGAUGAGCGAUUCUGGCAAAUUGACGACUGGACCAGGACCCCUUUUCGGUGAGUUCCCAAACUUUGGCUUGCCUGCUCCGAAGGAUGAGAAAAAGAAAAGACAGCGGCAAAGACAGCCAAGAGCUCCGAAUCCGAAAAAAGCAAAGAAUGCCCAGCUGAUGAAUGAGUUGAAUCUAUUGCAACAGUUUCAACAGCAGCAGUCAUCUCAGCAACAGUUGCCUCCAGUUUCGGCAUCCCCAAUCGACAAGAAACCACUCCAAGAUGCAGUGUCAUCUUACGCAAAACUGUUGAACCAAGCAAUGCCACCAGCAUUCCUGUCCUCUCAGGUACGGAAUCCGAUGUUUGGAAUGUUUCCGCUGCCAUCCGGUCCAGGGCUUAUUCCAGAGAAUCCACUCUUCAAUUCGUUUCCCGGUCAACCAUCGUUUCUUCCGUCUGGCCCCUUUGGAAUACCACCGAUGCCACCCCGUUUCGAUAUAGGCAAUCUGUUGCGCUAUCCACGUCCCCCGAAAGUCCAAACAAUGGACAACUACGACAACCUGGAUCCGGAAACGAAGUUAGCUCAUACGCCACUGGACCUGCAGAAAAGCACCUGCAACGUUGCUCCUCUCGUUCCACCAUCACUCCAAAUUGAACCAAUGUCCUCUAAAUCAUCUGGCACAAGCCGUAAACAAAUGUCCCCAGCAGUCAAGAAUACCGCUCUACAGCAACAUCAUCCGGUUCAACCACCUCCACAGGAACACUCCUUGAACCUUUCCACCAAAUCCACUAUUCUCGCUAACCAAACGACGGUCCAAAAAUCUCCCAUCAUCAAAACAAUUCUACCCGAUACCCGCCAACAGCCGAUGACCGUUCAGCCACCGGCACAAAAACCGGACCCGACUCCACCAUCGCAAGUUGUACCGAUGUUGAACAUCGCUCCACAACAGCUAGCAGCGUCGAUUCCUACUGUUCUACCCAUCACACCGGGUGAAACUAUCGUAAUUGGGUCGGAUUCCGAUACCAACAGUCAGUCGACGGUGACGAUGGCGGCCAUGGGCCCUGACGACGGUAGCAAAAAGGACAAAAUGGAAAAACGUAAAAAUAAGGAACACAAGAAAGAUCGGAAGCUAAAAGAGGGCAAAAUCAAGAAGAAGAAGGACAAAAAAGAUAAAAACAAAAGCAAGGAUCGUGACCGGGAGAGACCGAAGUCUUCACAUUCGUUCAAUCCUGAUGGACCGGUAGAGCCAUUUAGUCUCGAGACCGGUACCGUUCCGGGUGAGGAAGGUGCUCAACAGGACCUGCUGCGCAAGAAGGAGAAGAAAGAGAAAAAGAAGGAAAAACUUAAAAAGGAGAAACGGAAGGAGAAGGAACGCGUAUCGGCAGCCGUCUUUGAUUCUGUUUCCUUCUCUGCUGCUGGGAUCACCACUGCGACUAGUAGCUCGGAUCAGCGAGACCACAGCGACGGAUCGUCUGCAUCCGUACCGAAGUUAAUGCUGAAGCUAGGUUCCAGUGCAAAUCCGUCUCCACGAUCCAACACACCGGAAGUGACGACCAUUGAUACUGGGUUGAGCCGAGAGGAAAAACCAGAAUGCAAACGAGAAGCUUCACCAGAACUAGCACGUAUUUCGGCGCUAGUCACGAGACCCCCGAAGCUGAAGACUCCGAGUAACAAAACCAAAAUCAAGGACGAUGAUGGAGGAAAACCAUUCAAAUCGAUCGACCAUUUCGGUAAGACGGGUGGCAAACUAGAUAUGAGCUCUGAUAUUGCAGCCAAACCACGACCACGUGGAAUUCAGCCGCUACCAGAUUCCAUCGAUCUAUUUUCGGUAACUCCCACACACAAUCCUUCGUCCGGUCUAUCGAACAAACCUGCAUCGCAAUCAGGAUCAGCCUCAUCGACAUCAACGAUUAUUGCCGGCUUAGGGGCAUCCCUUGGCGAUGUAAUACCACAUUCUUCGAAGAAACCACCAAAAGAACCGAAGGCCAAAUCUCAUGGCAACAUGAGCAGUAGCUCAGUUUCGGUCAGUCUUGGCGUAACGAUUCCGGUUCCACUCAGUGCAUCGGUUAACGUUAAGGAUGCGGAUGGAAAUGUGGUGUGGAUUUGUCCUGCCUGUGGCCGCGUUGACGAUGGUACACCGAUGAUCGGUUGCGAUGGUUGUGACGCAUGGUACCACUGGGUUUGCGUUGGCAUUCAGGUUCCACCCGAUUCAAACGAGGACUGGUACUGUCGGGUGUGCAUCGGCAAGAAGCAGGAAUCGCAUGGCGAUGAAAAACAGCGAAAGCGAAAGAAAAAGGACAAACGGAAUCCCAAAGAAUGAAGUUUGUUUUCUACAUGUAUCAUAGGAAGUAAUUGCACUCCCCGCUGAUUGUAAAGCUGUUAUCAAAUUGAUGUAUAAACUUGCGCUAAGCACUGUUUGCGCUACAUGUGGCACUCGAAAGUCAAUAAAACAAACAGUUGAUGGA